AUGAAGCCAAAAUCGUCGUCCCGCUGCGCGACCUGGAGCUUCCUCUUCCUCUCCCUGUACGCAGCAGCCGGUCUCUGCACGCCCACAGCAGGACCUCUUCUCCAGCCCGGAGCACCAUCUCCCGCCCCCGCUCGACAUCCAGCUCCACCCGGGCGCCAAGCUCAAUCAUCUCCAAGCCAGCUUCUUCGGGAUCAAGCUCAGGCUCAAGACGCAGCUCGUUCUCCCUCUGGUCUCGCAAGCCGAAGCCCGCAGCCGCAGCCCCAGCCCCAGGUGGACCCGCUGCCCUCAAGCAGCGAGCGCCAAAGCAAAAGUCGCGCCCGACGUCGCUCCGCAGCCUCGCGACGAGCAAAUACAGGGGUAUGCACCUUCACGGUCUCCCAAGUCCAAGUCUGCACUCCGGAUUCCACUUCGCCGGCGCUGGCCAACUACCUGCAAAUUAACACGCUGUACUCGCCGUAUAACGCGGACGCGGCCGAGGUCGACAACGUCCGCCACCAGAGGCCGAUGCAGGAGUUCAACAGCUACCAGCGCCUGCUUGCAGACCAGCCGUGGGACGUUGCCCGUGUGGAGGGGGACAGCCGCACGCUUACUAUCAUCGAGGGGGAGGACGGCGACCUCCGCAUGUCGUAUGGCGGCGCGGGGUGGACGGAGGAUUCCAGGGCUGGGGAUGGGCAAGCGGGCUGGUGCGAGGAGGCCGAGUGGUAUGAAGCAGAGGACUGGAGCUGUCCGCAUGGGGACACGAAAACGCAGAGGAAAAGGACGAUUCACUGCGGCUUUCCAUGCGCGCGGAUCGAGCGGCUGGAACUGAAAUGA